AUGUCGAGGACCCCGUCGCAGCAAUGUGGGCACACCACACCACGAGACGGGCCUCGUAUUGACUCAGUCUCUCGCUCACACCAUCCAAGCCAGCAAACCCCUUUAGCAUAUCAUCAGCCAUUCCCGCUGUAUGAGCCUCGACACUUCGUCCCACCAGAUUUGGGCCACGAACGACCUGUGCUGACCACUCCACCAAAUUCCCAUCGACUCCCGGCAUUGGGACACCCACCUGAACGAAAUGCGGACCCGAGAUAUAUGCUAUCAUCCGAUCAUGGGUUCAUGAAUCGUCAGCCAUUGCCGCAGGCUCUUCCAUCGCGCAUACAACAUCAUCAGGAACAGCAUCGUCAUCAUGGUCCCCCCGUCGCUGAUGCACGUGGUUAUCCCGGCCCUACCUCUUACGAUGAACGAUCGAGUCCCAUGUUGAGCCAUGGCGGCGAAACUGUUCGUCCUCGAUUGCGGACAUACGACGUGGAGUCCUAUCAUCAUAGUAACUCCACAGCUCUGGCUAGCCCCAUUCACUCCGAGAAAAGCCCUGCAACCUUCGUGAGCAGCCCUCCGCCAAUAAGCUGCGCCAGCAGUACCAGCGCUCAACAUGAAACGCGCCAGCCUCCACGAAACCCUAGCUAUAGCAUGCCCCGUGGCUUCGACAAGCUUCUCCAUCACGAACCCGAAUCAUCACCAGAUCCCCCGCCACGACGCCCCUCCACACAACCCCGCUAUCAUCUCCAUGUCCGUCAACAACCCAUUGCCGCGCGAGCUUGCGGCGCCGGCGAUAGAGACAGACGCCCCGUCGACCCACCUCCAAUUGUCCAAAUUCUCCUCACAGACUUCGACCCGGAAUCUCAAGACGACCGCGAUAUCCUACAAGACCCGCGUUUCACAGUGGGCUGUCUACUCUUCCCCGUCCCAGAAUCUGCCAGCUGGACACCCUCAUCGGAAGCCGAGGCCAUCCAAUCCGCCGAACACGACGCCGACGGCGUCGCACGCGCUGAUGAUUCCUUCUCCACACCCCUCCUCUCCGGCAAAGCCUUCAUGUCCCCCUUCUACGUCGACGCAGAUCCAGAUCCAAACUCCGCACCCACCCAUCCAUCUUCAGACGACACUCUCUACCCCCUCAACAGUCCCCCGAUCCCACCAACCCACUAUCAAGGUCACCCGCAAUCCCUCCGCAAUGCAUCAAAACUCAAUCAACCCGCAACGUUCUUCAUUUUUGCAGACCUAUCUAUCCGCUCAGCGGGGCUGUACAGACUCCAAUUCCGACUCAUGAACUGGGGCUCCGUCGAGGACACGGGUCAAUCGAUGCCUAUACUGGCGGAAGCUUGGUCAGAUCCGUUCCGGGUAUAUGCGGCCAAGGAUUUUCCUGGGAUGCGGGACUCGUCUAUUCUUGCGGAGGGGUUGAAGGAGCUUGGGUUUGUGGAGUUGAAGACCAGGGGCAAUGGGAAGGGGAAGGGGAGGAAGAGAGGAUGA